CGAGAGUUGAAAAUUAUUGAAGUCAAAUUUUUGUGAUUGCGAUAUUGUUAUUGACAUAUUCGCUCUCUUGAGACCAAGGAGUAAUAUCAAAAUAUCUUUUUUUUAUAGAAGUUGUACAUAUCACAAGGUAUCACUGAGCCAAAAUUCUGCCAUCACAAAAUGCCUUGAGUAACUUCAGCACUGUGUAGUAAGGGAAAUUAAUUGAGUGAUUUUCGUUAGAGACAAGGACUCAAAAAACUAGUAUGGCAGGGCCAUCCACAAAAUCUAAUCCACAUGGAUUAAAACAAAUUGGACUUGAUCAGAUUUGGGAUGAUCUGAGAUCUGGAGUAGAAGAUGUAUAUAACAAGCAAACCAUGGCCAAGCCGAGAUAUAUAUCACUUUAUACUCAUGUAUAUAAUUAUUGCACAAGUGUACACCAGUCAAAUCAAAGUAGUCAACAAAGAGGUUCGGCUAAGUCCAAGAAAGGUCAACCUACUGGUGGAGCACAGUUUGUUGGUCUAGAACUAUAUAAGCGUCUUAAAGAAUUCCUCAAAAAUUACUUAGUAGAUUUAUUGAAGGAUGGUCAAGAUUUGAUGGAUGAAAAUGUGCUCAAGUUCUACACUAAACAAUGGGAAGACUACCAGUUCUCCAGUAAGGUCCUUAAUGGUGUAUGUGCCUACCUAAACCGACAUUGGGUGAGGCGUGAGUGUGAUGAGGGAAGGAAAGGAAUAUAUGAAAUAUACUCUUUAGCACUUGUGACAUGGCGGGACAACCUGUUCCACCCACUCAACAAACAAGUAACCAAUGCAGUUCUCAAACUCAUUGAGAAAGAACGCAAUGGAGAAACUAUUAAUACACGCCUGGUCAGUGGUGUCAUCAACUGUUAUGUUGAACUAGGACUGAAUGAAGAUGACCCAUCAGCAAAAGGUCCAACACUAAGUGUUUAUAAAGAGAGCUUUGAAAACCAUUUCUUGAGUGACACAACUCGCUACUACACAAGAGAGAGCUCUGAGUUCCUCCGACAGAACCCGGUUACUGAAUACAUGAAAAAGGCAGAGUCUCGUUUAUUGGAAGAACAGCGUAGAGUACAGGUGUACCUACAUGAAAGCACACAUGACUUCCUUGCUAGAGUCUGUGAAAAGGUUCUCAUUGAGAAACAUUUAGAAAUAUUCCACGCAGAAUUUCAGAAUCUUUUAAAUGAUGAUAAGAAUGGAGACCUAGGACGUAUGUACCAAUUGGUGUCUCGUAUCACAGAUGGUCUAUGGGAGCUUAAGACAUUGCUCGAGUCCCACAUUUACAACCAAGGACUGGCAGCCAUAGAAAAGUGUGGGGAAGCGGCCCUUAAUGACCCUAAAGUUUAUGUGCAAACCAUCCUAGAUGUCCACAAGAAAUACAAUGCUUUAGUUAUGGUAGCCUUCAACAAUGAUGCUGGCUUUGUAGCGGCACUAGAUAAAGCCUGCGGUAGGUUCAUCAACACCAACAGUGUAACCAAGAUGGCUAACUCAUCCAGUAAAUCACCAGAAUUACUCGCCAGAUAUUGCGAUCUACUACUUAAGAAAAGUUCUAAGAACCCAGAAGAAGCUGAACUGGAGGACACUUUGAAUCAAGUGAUGGUAGUAUUCAAGUACAUAGAGGAUAAAGACGUGUUCCAGAAGUUCUACAGCAAGAUGCUAGCGAAGCGUUUGGUUCAACAUAUGUCCGCUAGUGAUGAUGCAGAGGCAAGCAUGAUCUCAAAACUUAAGCAAUCAUGUGGGUUUGAGUACACCAGCAAGUUGCAGCGCAUGUUCCAAGAUAUUGGUGUCAGUAAAGACUUAAACGAACAUUUUAAACGGGACCUUCAAAAAUCACCAGACCCCUUGGACAUUGACUUCAGUAUCCAAGUGCUGAGCUCUGGGUCCUGGCCAUUUCAGCAGUCAUGUACAUUUGCCCUACCAUCUGAGUUGGAGCGCAGUUUCCAGAGAUUUACUGUGUUCUAUAGCAGUCAGCACAGUGGAAGGAAACUGAACUGGCUCUAUCAUAUGUCCAAGGGGGAGGUGGUCACCAACUGCUUCAAAAAUAGAUAUACUUUACAGGCAUCGACAUUUCAGAUGGCAGUCCUCCUUAUGUACAAUCAAUCUACCAGUUAUACAUACCAACAAUUGCAGGAAAGCACACAGGUGAAGGAUGACAUUCUCAGCCAGGUGUUGCAAAUACUGCUCAAGUCCAAACUGCUGACCACUGAAGAGGAAGAUACAGAUAUCUCACCCAAUUCAGUCAUCAAGCUUUACACGGGAUACAAAAACAAAAAGCUUCGAGUGAACAUUAAUGUUCCCAUGAAAACUGAAGUGAAGAAUGAACAAGAGGUGACACAUAAACAUAUAGAAGAAGACAGAAAAUUGUUAAUACAGGCUGCCAUAGUGCGAAUAAUGAAGAUGCGUAAAAUGUUGAAGCAUCAGCAGUUACUGGGAGAGGUUCUGAACCAGCUCUCAUCACGUUUCAAACCUAGAGUUCCUGUUAUAAAGAAAUGUAUAGACAUUCUUAUAGAAAAAGAGUAUUUAGAGAGAGUUGAUGGACAGAAAGACACCUAUAGUUAUUUAGCAUAAAUUAUAGUAAACAGCACAACCUACAGCUCCAUACAGCGUUUUACAGCUGCAUACAGCUACCAUCAGCUACCAAACGUGUAGAGGCAAGCAUUGUAUACUGCAAGUUUGCUACUAACAAUAGAGGGCGCUACUUUCUUAACUGGAACUACCAUACAGAGUCCUAUGGACUUAAUCAUUUGGGCAAAUAUGCUUUUAAAUAAGCAAUCAUAAGGAAUCAGAUCUCUUUUAUCAACUGCCACUCUUCACACAGCUCUCAUGAAGGAAUGAUAGAAUAUUCAUAUUAAAGAGAUGUUGGAUUAACAACAUUGAAAGAAACUGGUUUAUUAAAAUAAAUGAUAUUUUUUCCAAAAUUCUAACAUAGCUUAUAUUAACACAUGUACUUUCUAGUUGGUCAGACUUGAAUGUGUUAUUUGCAUACUUCCAUUGAUCUUGUUAUUCUUCCGUAUCACAUGUAAAUUCAGCAUAGCUGCUAAAAUGCUUGAGGAGAUGUAUAGGAUAGCGUUUAAAGUUGAACUCAGUCAUAAGUAACACACAAUUCUGCCCAUCUUGAAUAUUCAAAGUAAUAUUUUCUAGUAAAAUUAUCUUAGUA